AUGUUUCCUAGACCCUUCUGGAUGAAAAUUCCCAAUACCACCAUAGAGGAUGCGUUCAACAAGGUCACUAGAACGGAGAUAGAUAGAAUCCGUGCAGGAGAUACUUGGACUCAUUCAGUGGCGGCUAAACCUCAGAACAAGUUAAGAAAUAGGUAUACUGAUGUGUUCCCCUGGGAUAAGAAUCGAGUCAAAUUACCUUCAAAACAUAAUGAUUAUAUUAAUGCUUCUCAUAUUGACUUACCAGACUCCAGGUAUAUUGCUAGUCAAGGUCCUUUAAGACAAACCAUCCACCAUUUCUGGUCAAUGUGCUAUAAUGAGUCUCAAAGAAGAGGCGAGGAUGAUAUUAUCAUCGUGAUGAUUACUCCGUUGGUGGAGAAUAACAGGAAAAAAUGUGAAAAGUAUUGGCCUGACGAAUCUUGGGACUUAUCCAGUCUCCUCAAAGAAGAUCAAAUCGAUUUACCCUCAAUGAAUAUCACAAAUGAUCGUCUGACAUCUUUCUCGAAAUUUACCUUGACGGAAUUAUCAUUGACUGUGGGCGAUGACGUCAAGAAGGUAUGGCAUUACUAUUAUCAUGAUUGGGCAGACACUAGAACUCCAUCAGAUGGUUUAUCACUCAUUGAAUUACUGAAUCAAGUACAUAAGUUGAAAUCUACCAAGAAAGUUCAAGUUCCAAUCAUACAUUGUUCUGCUGGAGUUGGAAGAACAGGAACUUUCAUAGCAUUGGAUUAUUUCAACAUUCACGAUGAGUUAUUGGUAGAUGCAGAAAAUUCAGACCCAAUCUAUGAACUUUUCCAAUUAUUAAGGAAUGAUAGAUUAUUAAUGAUCCAAACCCUUGAACAAUACGAAUUUCUUUAUGAAUUUUUCCUGAAAGUCGUCUUAAAGGACUUUCCUUUCGAGAAGAAAUAG